CAGACUCGCUGGUAGUUUCUUCAGAGCUCGUCGAGGCACACCGAGCAGACUACACCGGCGGCAUCUUCGUCUCUCGCCUUCUCGGCAGUUCUCUGUGAUGGCAUCGUCGUCGGGGCGGCGCGCGGUGGCUCUGGCGGCGCUCGUGGUCGUCCUUCUGGUCACCGGAGCGGGCCUUGUCGGCGCGGCGCGGCCGGCGCCGGCGGACAGGAGCGGGGACGGCGCGAUGUACCCCGCCGCGGUGGUGGUGGCGGACAGGGCGAGGGAGACGGUGGAGAUGCUCAUGGCGAGGCUGCCGGCCGGGCCCAGCCCCAAGGGUCCCGGCCACUAGCUACGCGCGGGCGGCAAGGGCGUCGCUGUCGGCUGAUCGGUUGAUCUGAUCUGCCUGUGAAUAGUUCAGGGUAUAGACACAUGAAAGUUGUAUUGAUUUCACAUGCUCCUACUGUACAUAGCAUUGUGAUAAAAUCUUUGAUACCUUUCUUCUUGUUUUCCCUUCUCUUCUUGGAAAUUGUUCAU